GGUCAAAUUCGAACGAUAUCUACGUAUCAUGACACAAUAUCCAUGAAAUAUCUAACAAAUUGAUUUCUUUCCGAAAAGAUUGCAGAGAGUAAUUAAUUUUAGGGUUUCAAUAUGUAAUUAUUCCUACUCCAAUCCCGAGCUUCAUUACUAGAAUCCCGCUGUAAUAUUAUCCAGCAAGAUCUUCAAUCGAACCAUCAAUGCGACUCCUUUUCUCUCUCUUCCUUCUCUCCGCGUCUCCCUCUCCGCCAUCAAUUCAAAUUCGCCGUCAUUCGUUCUGAUAUUGGUCGAAGGUGGAAUUUUUCUGUUCUAUUCAAAAUUUAAGUGAAAAGGAAACGUUUUUCUGUUCUGCUAAAAAAAAGAUAGAAUUUUUGGAUUGGGGUUGUUCAAAAGGUAUUGAAUAUGGGUCUAGGUUAGGGUUUUGACGAUAUUAUCAAGCAGAUACUGAUUAUGGCCGGUGUUUUUUAACCAUGGAGAUGUUUGUGUUUUGAGUUGGUUUAAGUGGAGAUUCUGGGUAUUGUUGUCCAAAAAAGGGAUUGUAUUGGGCGUUUGGUUGGGGUUUUGUGGAUAUGAUUAAGCAGAUACUUGGUAAGCUUCCUCGAAAGCAGUCAUCAAAAUCAUCCCAAAAUGGUAUAAGCAAUAACGGUGGGGAUUCGAUUCUUAAGUCAUCAAAUUUGAAUUCUGUUGGAAUUGGUGUUAACGGUAGCUCGAAAGGCGCUCCGGCUUCUGGGAAAGCUUCAAAUUUUGGUCAAAAUGGGACAACUAAACCGAAUCAGGCAAAGAAAUCCAGUUCCCUUGAUUCCCAAGUGGGUCCGGCGUUGAAUCCGGCCACGUACGAGGCAUUGCCUAGUUUCCGUGAUGUGCCUAGCUCGGAAAAGCCCAAUCUUUUCAUUAAGAAGUUGAGAAUGUGCUGUCUUGUGUUUGAUUUUAGUGACCCAUCAAAGAAUCUCAAAGAGAAGGAUGUAAAGCGACAGACAUUGCUUGAGCUUGUCGAUUAUAUCUCCUCUGUAACUUCAAAAUUCAAUGAGGUUACAAUGCAGGAAAUUACAAAAAUGGUAGCUGCCAAUUUAUUCAGAACUUUGCCAUCUUCUAAUCAUGAAAGCAAGCUGGAUAUGUAUGAUGUGGAGGAGGACGAACCCAAUAUGGAACCAUCGUGGCCUCAUGUUCAGAUAGUGUAUGAAUUUCUACUCAGAUUUGUGGCUUCGUCUGAGACAGAUGCCAAGCUUGCCAAAAGAUACAUGGAUCACUCAUUUGUGUUGCGAUUCCUUGACCUAUUUGAAUCUGAGGAUCAAAGAGAGAGGGAGUACUUGAAGACAAUCCUUCACCGCAUUUAUGGGAAGUUUAUGGUGCAUCGUCCAUUUAUUAGGAAAGCCAUCAACAAUAUCUUCUACCGUUUUAUUUUUGAGACGGAAAAGCACAAUGGGAUAGCAGAAUUGCUUGAGAUCUUGGGCAGCAUAAUUAAUGGGUUUGCAUUGCCUUUAAAGGAAGAGCACAAGCUUUUCCUUGUCCGGGCUUUGAUUCCACUUCACAAGCCUAAGUGUGUGGCCAUGUAUCAUCAGCAGCUUUCAUAUUGUAUCACUCAGUUCGUGGAGAAGGACUUGAAGCUAGUGGACAUUGUAAUACGCGGUCUUUUGAAGUAUUGGCCCAUAACUAGCAGUUCAAAAGAGGUGAUGUUCCUCGGUGAGUUGGAAGAAGUUCUAGAAGCCACCCAGGCUGCGGAAUUUCAGCGCUGCAUGGUUCCUCUUUUCAGUCAGAUUGGACGCUGCCUCAGCAGCUCACAUUUUCAGGUGGCUGAACGUGCGUUGUUCCUCUGGAACAACGAUCACAUUAGGAAUCUGAUCACAGACAACCGCAACGUGAUACUGCCCAUAAUUUUCCCGGCCUUAGAGAGAAAUAUGCAAAGCCACUGGAACCAAGCUGUCCAGAGCCUGACGCUUAACAUCAGGAAGAUAUUUUCAGAUGCCGACCAAUCACUUUUUGACGAGUGCCUAGUUAGAUUCCGAGAAGAUGAAACCAAGGAGAAAGAGGCUCGGGAGAAGCGAGAAUCAAUCUGGAAGCGACUGGAAGAUGUGGCAGCCUCCAAUGCUGUAAGCAACGAGGCAGUGCUUGUUGCUAAGUUUGUCUCCUCUGUUUCCAUCGCUACCACCACUAGCCCACGAAAAUCUAAGGGCAUUUAGAGCAGCAGGGCAUCCAAAAUUGUGGAAAUGACCCUGUAUGAAGUAUCUAUGAAGUAUGAACCCCAAAGGUUCUUUUUUGUGCAAUGAAGAGCGAUGAAGCUCAGGGGUUUGGUGUGUAGUGUUCUUCAGGGCAAAUUUGCAAGCUUUUUGUGAAGAUGGGCUGUGUGCAUAUCGAGGCUGGCUCCUUUUAUCCCUUUUUUUACCUCGGGGUCGGCUUAUUUCUUAUUUUUCCUUGUUAGCCAUGCAAGUGUAAGUGUGUGUAUCAUAAGUAAUCUGGUUUAUUAUGGAGGUAGCAUUUUUUCGAACAUCCUACCCAAUAACUUCUUCUUCCUCUUCUUUCUUUUUCCUGGUGGUAAAGCAAAGAGACUGCUUCCAUGUUUGCUUAAUUCUCGGCUUUUGGUCGUUAUUAUGCCAAUCAAAUUGUAUAAA